AUGGGUCUAGAUAUACUCGGGCCAUUCCCUACGGCACCGGGCCAGCAACAUUUCGCCUCUGUUGAACAUCCUCAAACGAACGGACUAGCUGAGGCCGCAAACAAGGUCAUCUUACAUGCACUAAAGAAGAAACUUGAUGACGCCAAAGGACUCUGGGCCGAGCUAAUACCUGAAGUCCUUUGGGGAUACAACACCACCCCACAAACAUCAACAAAGGAGACGCCGUUCCGAUUGGUAUAUGGCUCAGAGGCCAUGAUACCACUGGAGAUCUCCCAGAACUCUAUCCGAACUUAUAUCAACAAUCAAGAGGAAGCUCGGAGAUCCGAGCUCGACGUCAUCGAAGAAGUCAGAGAAAUCGCCACAUUGAGGCAGCGCGCAGCGCAGCAAGCAAUAGCUUGA